AUGCGGCUGAUCAACACUCGAACUCUGAAAUUGGAAUCGUUCGAUGAUGAUAAGAUUCCUGUCUACGCGAUUCUCUCACACAAGUGGGAAGACGACGAGGUUAUAUUUCAAGACAUGAAUGAAGACGGCUUGACACAAAAGAAGGGCUACAGAAAGAUCUCUGAGGCUUGCAAACAAGCUCGGAAAGACGAACUGGGGCACAUCUGGAUUGACACUUGUUGUAUCGACAAGACCAACAAUUCGGAACUCUCACGGGCCAUCAACUCUAUGUACCGGUGGUAUAAGGAGUCGAAAAAGUGCUAUGCAUAUCUCUUUGAUGUAUUACACUCCAAGACUAAUGCGGUUGUUGGUUCCAGCUUCGAGAAGAGUGUUUGGUUUACCAGAGGCUGGACUCUGCAAGAACUCCUGGCGCCUCGUGAAGUGCAUUUCUUCGACUGCCAGUGGAACGCAAUAGGCACAAGGACAUCUCUCUUUCUACGGGUUGCAUCUAUAACGAGAAUUGCUAAGGAAGCCCUACUAGGGACACCUCCGGACUUCUUCUCGGUUGCACAACGAAUGUCUUGGGCGGCAGGGAGAAAGACCACAUGUAUAGAAGAUGUUGCAUACAGCCUCAUGGGGAUCUUCAACGUCAGAAUGGCAAUGUUAUAUGGAGAAGGAUCGGAGGCGUUCACAAGGCUGCAGAAGAAGAUCAUCAAGUGCUCUGUCGACCAGUCUAUUUUUGGGUGGACACGUUCCACCUCACAACCGCAACUAUUGGCGCCAUCUCCCAAUGACUUCAGAGACUGUACCGAUAUUGUCCAGCAUCUGCCACUGACCGGUCCAAGCCCGUAUUCAAUGACAAAUGUGGGUCUGAAAAUCAAACUGCCCCUGAUCACCUGGUCACUAUAUGUAUACCUGGCGAUCCUGUAUUGCGGUCCAUCUUCUGACAAAUACACCGGCAUCUUCCUGUACAAGGUUCAGACAGGAUUCUACGCAACGACUACCGUGAACCAAAUCCCAUUCACCGACAUCUCCCAAGGUCAGCUCCGGAUUCUGCUUGGGGGCCGAACGUACAGUGGAGAUACCGCGACAAAAGUUCUUGUGCGGAAGAAUGGUGAACCCGAAAUCAGCCGCUUGUAUGGAUUUCACCUGCAGGCCGUUCGGGAGUGGAAAAAGGCAUUUCACUGCCGGAGAAUGCGGGUGUACGCACGAGGCUGGAACAAGCGGGAUGAGGUCUUGGAAAUCCCCAUAAGAGAGAGCGGCACCGCCGGCGUCAUCGCAUUUUGGCAACGAAGCAGGUCAAAAUUUACCUGUUAUGUGCUAAAGCUGGGAUUCGAUUGGGCUUUCAAUCCGGUCUGCAUGCUUGCACGGUAUUGUUCGCCGAAGCCGAACAGAAAAUUCUACGUGCCCCGAACUUCGAAAGAGAUAGAGAACCACGUUCUAGAUUCAUCAUGGAUCUCUAGAAUGCAAGAGGCUGACGCGCUCAAAGACGCGGCAAUCGAUUGGAUCUGCCGAUAUGGAAAACUUGAUGACAACAAAUGCUGGCACUUCAAGAAGCUGACCUUGGACUCAGGACAGCCAUUUGAAGUGGAUGGGACUGAUUUGCAGUUGGAAUUCAAAUAUGAGUGGAACGUGAAGGAAUAUCAAAGGGCUUGGACAAUUAAGUUGGGCUGCCGCGAGAAGGACCAGUGCUUGACGCAGUGA